UCAAACGCCCACAAGCGCCGUUCUCAUUCGCCGUGCCGCUUGUCCAUCAAUUAUAUCCCGAGCGACGUCAGCAGCAGCGCUACACCGGGGCUGAGCAGUGGGUGACGAAGAGCAAUCACCACCACCACCAGGAAAAAAUACCAGGAGCGAUAAAAUGCACGGACUACAUGGGUCCAUUUGACAGUCAAAUAGACGGUUGGGUGUUUUGAGGGUUCGUUACUGGCGACGCCUUUUUGGGGAAAAACUAUUUUAAUACAAUAAAGGUGCUCUGUCAAGACGAGCGUUCUGGUUUUUAACCAGUUGGCUGCUUUUUUUCCAGGGAUGGCUAUCUGAGCUAACCUAGCUAGCUAACGAUUAGCCUGCCCGUUUAGCCCCACUGGUCUGUUGGCGUCUCCAACGACUCUCAGCGCGGUUCUAAAGCGGUACUUUUCGGUCGGUUCGCUCCCAACGGUUGUCGUCCCGUCGAGUAGCUCGUGGCAGCGGGCGAGCCUAACCGUUUGUUCAGUAGAUGGACAGUUUUGACGUUUUGCGCUCGUCGUCACUGCGCGGGCGUACAGUGUUGGUUUCGGGGCGGCUAGCCUUGUACUCGGCCGGGCAACCAGCGGAGGGAUUGUACAAAUGUGGCAGCCAGUACUGUCCCACUGUCUCUGGGAACGAAGUUGGUAAUUUGGAAUAAAUAAAACGGAUUUCUUUUUUUUAUUUUUUACUUGUGGUCUUAGUUAAGGAGCUCCGUUGAGAAGAUAUUUAACAUAUUGGGACGCUGACAAUCCAUCAAGUUGUCACGUUAGCUUGGUGACAACGUUAGCAGUAUUUAGCCUUACAAGCUAGUGGACGUUACCCAAACUAAUUUCUUUUUUUUCUUUCUUCUUUCUUUCCGGAAAGUGUAUACAAUAUAAUGGUUAUUUCCAGAUUCGGUAGUCAUCUCGGAUGUUUGCGGACGUGUGGCGUUGCAAAAUUGUGUGUGUGAUCGGCGGUCAGUGCCUGUAGGAUCUACAAAAGACUUUGACGUAGCUGUCAAAUAUUUGACACUUGACAACAGUUUUGCCAUCAGCAAGACGGCCGAAUCCUGCACCGAGCCGUUCACGCUCCAUUAUCAGCGUCUGGAUAUAUAACUUGUUGAAAUCGGACUGUUGCUCAUUAAUUGAUACUCGUGUGUGUGAGAGAGAGAGGUGUAGCCCGGGGGCCCUUGUCAGACGGGCUUUUCAGCUCAUGCGGUGAUGACUUUAGACUCCAUGAUGGCUUGUUGCCUGAGUGAAGAGGGAAAGGAGUCCAAACGAAUCAACGCAGAGAUCGAGAAACAACUCCGGCGAGACAAAAGGGACGCGAGACGGGAGCUGAAGCUGCUUCUGCUGGGUACUGGAGAGAGUGGCAAGAGCACCUUCAUCAAGCAAAUGAGAAUAAUCCAUGGGUCAGGCUACACAGAUGAGGAUAAGAAGGGCUUCACCAAACUGGUUUACCAGAACAUCUUCACCUCAAUGCAGGCCAUGAUCCGGGCAACUGAGACCCUCAAGAUCCCGUACAAGUACGAACAGAACAAGAACAAUGCCCAGGUGGUGCGUGAGGUGGACGUGGAGAAGAUUUCAUCAUUCGAGCAGCCGUACACUAGUGCGAUAAAGAUGCUGUGGGCUGACCCUGGCAUCCAGGAGGCCUAUGAUCGCAGGAGAGAAUACCAGCUCUCUGACUCAACCAAAUAUUACCUUAGUGACUUAGAGCGAAUAACAUCAGAGAGGUACAUGCCCACUCAGCAGGAUGUGCUGCGGGUUCGAGUGCCUACCACCGGUAUCAUUGAGUACCCAUUUGACCUGGAGCACAUUAUCUUCAGCUAUCUAAGUGAUCUGGAUCGUAUUGCUGAACCGUCCUAUCUACCAACUCAACAGGACGUGCUUAGGGUUCGAAUCCCAACCACUGGGAUCAUAGAAUACCCUUUCGACUUGCAAAGCAUCAUUUUCAGGAUGGUGGAUGUGGGGGGUCAGAGGUCAGAGAGGAGAAAGUGGAUCCACUGCUUUGAGAACGUCACCUCCAUCAUGUUUCUGGUGGCGCUCAGCGAGUACGACCAAGUCCUGGUGGAGUCGGACAACGAGAAUCGAAUGGAGGAGAGUAAAGCCCUGUUCAGGACCAUCAUCACAUAUCCAUGGUUCCAAAACUCCUCCGUCAUCCUCUUCCUCAACAAGAAGGACUUGCUGGAGGAGAAGAUCAUGUAUUCUCACUUGGUUGACUACUUCCCAGAGUUUGAUGGCCCCCAGAGGGACGGCCAAGCGGGUCGGGAGUUCAUCUUGAAGAUGUUUGUGGACUUGAACCCAGACAGUGACAAGAUCAUCUACUCCCAUUUCACAUGCGCCACCGACACGGAGAACAUCCGCUUUGUCUUUGCUGCCGUCAAAGACACCAUCCUGCAGCUCAACCUCAAAGAGUACAACCUGGUGUGAAAAGAGAAACGAAUAAGAGAGGAAGAGAGAGAGAGCGAGAGAGAGAGAGAGAGAAAGAGAGAGCAAGACCUGCAGCC